ACAAUGAAAAUGACAAUGACAAUGACAAAAACAAUGACAAUGACAGUCAAAAUCACAAUGACAAAGACAAAGACAGGCACACAUACUGAUACCUACACAGACACACAAAACUAGGCACAGACUCAGACACAGGAAUAGGCAAAGGCAAAACUUAACAAAAGACACAUACACGGACACAGGUGCAUAAAAACACAAGACAAAAGGUAUACACAGAUAUAGGAAAAGACAAAGACACGCAGACAGACACAGACAUAGACACAGCCAUUGACAUGGACACGGACGUGGAUACAUAUAUAGACAAAGACAAAGACACGGACACGGGCAUAGACACGGACAUGGAAAUGGACACAGGUAUUGACAAAAACACAGAUAAAGAUACACAUAGUCAAAACAAAAACAUAAACACAAAGACAAGACAAAACCACAGAUAUGGACACAGACACAGAUACAGUCACUGGUACACAACGGGUACACACGCAGACACAGACACAAACACAAACAAAGGCAAGCAUAAGCACAAAGCCAAGGACCACCACAAAGCAAAGGCACAAACACAGAUAAAGACACAGACAUAGCAAUAGGCAAAGACAAGACUAAACAAAAGACAUACACGGACACAGAUGCACAAAAAGGCAAGACAAAAACACAGAUACAGGAAAAGACAAAGACACGGCUACAGGUACAGAUAUGGACAUGGAUAUGGACGUGGACAUAUAUACAGAUAAAGACAAAGAGACGGGCA